ACGGCGGCAGUGGCUCCUCGAUCUGGGACCGGACGGGACGGGACGCGCUCCCGCCGCCGCCGCUCGCCAACAUGGCGGACCUGGAGGCCGUGCUGGCCGAUGUCAGCUACCUGAUGGCCAUGGAGAAGAGCAAGGCCGCGCCGGCCGCCCGCGCCAGCAAAAGGAUCGUCCUGCCCGAGCCCAGCAUCCGGAGUGUGAUGCAGAAGUAUCUGGAGGAGAGGAACGAGGUCACCUUUGACAAGAUCUUCAACCAGAAGAUCGGGUUCUUGCUAUUUAAAGAUUUUUGUUUGAAUGAGAUUAAUGACGCUGUUCCUCAGGUGAAGUUUUAUGAAGAGAUAAAGGAGUACGAGAAGCUGGACAACGAGGAAGACCGCCUGUGUCGGAGCCGGCAGAUCUACGAUGCCUACAUCAUGAGGGAGCUCCUGUCCUGCUCACAUCCAUUCUCAAAGAAAGCUGUAGAACACGUACAAAGUCACCUAGCCAAGAAACAAGUGACAUCAACUCUUUUUCAGCCAUACGUAGAAGAAAUCUGUGAAAGUCUGCGUGGUGACAUUUUCCAAAGGUUCAAGGAAAGUGACAAAUUCACUAGAUUUUGUCAGUGGAAAAACGUAGAAUUAAACAUUCAUUUGACCAUGAACGAUUUCAGUGUGCAUAGGAUCAUCGGACGAGGAGGAUUCGGGGAGGUGUACGGUUGCCGGAAAGCAGACACAGGGAAAAUGUAUGCCAUGAAGUGCCUGGAUAAGAAGAGAGUGAAGCUGAAGCAGGGGGAGACGCUGGCCCUGAACGAGCGCAUCAUGCUGGCCCUGGUCAGCACCGGCGACUGUCCCUUCAUCGUCUGCAUGACGUACGCCUUCCACACGCCCAACAAGCUCUGCUUCAUCCUCGACCUCAUGAACGGGGGUGACCUGCAUUACCACCUGUCGCAGCAUGGGGUCUUCUCGGAGAGUGAGAUGCGGUUCUAUGCGGCGGAGGUCAUCCUGGGGCUGGAGCACAUGCACCAGCGCUGCGUGGUCUAUCGGGACCUGAAGCCUGCAAACAUCUUGCUGGACGAGCAUGGACACGUGCGGAUCUCAGACCUUGGCCUCGCCUGUGACUUUUCUAAGAAGAAGCCAUACGCAAGCGUGGGCACCCAUGGGUACAUGGCUCCCGAGGUGCUGCAGAAGGGGACAGCCUACGACAGCAGUGCCGACUGGUUCUCCCUGGGCUGCAUGCUGUUUAAGCUCCUGAGAGGACACAGCCCUUUCCGGCAGCACAGAACCAAAGACAAGCACGAGAUCGACCGAGCGACCCUCACCACGCACGUGGAGCUUCCGGACGCCUUCUCGCCUGAGCUGAAGUUGCUCCUGGACGGCCUGCUCCAGCGGGAGGUCAGCGGGCGUCUCGGCUGCCAGGGCGGCGGCGCACAGGAGGUGAAAGAGCACAGCUUCUUCAGGGGUAUUGACUGGCAGCACGUCUACUUACAAAAGUACGCGCCACCCCUGAUCCCACCGCGGGGAGAGGUCAAUGCUGCCGAUGCCUUCGAUAUCGUCUUUGACGAGGAGGACACCAAAGGCGUGAAGCUGCUUGACUGUGACCAGGAGCUGUACAGGAACUUCCCCCUGGUGAUCUCGGAACGCUGGCAGCAGGAGGUGGUGGACACUGUCUACGAGGCAGUCAACGCCGACACUGACAAAGUCGAGGCCCGGAGGAGAGCCAAGGGCAAGCAGCUGUGCCACGAGGAAGAUUACGCGCUGGGGAAGGACUGCAUCCUGCACGGCUCCAUGCUGAAACUGGGGAACCCCUUCCUCUCACAGUGGCAGCGGCGUUAUUUCUACCUCUUCCCCAACAGGCUGGAGUGGCGAGGAGACGGCGAGUCGCGGCAAAGCCUCCUGACCAUGGACCAAAUCUUGGCCGUGGAGGAAACGCAGAUCAAGGAGAAGACCUGCAUCCUGGUCAGGGUCAAGGGCGGGAAGCAGUUCGUGCUGCAGUGCGAGAGUGACCCCGAGUUCGUGCAGUGGAAGAAGGAGCUGACGGAGGCCUUCACCGAGGCCCAGCUCCUGCUGCGUCGCGCCCCCAAGUUCCUCAACAAAGCCCGGCCUGGCCUCGUGGAGCUGUCCAAGCCACCGCUGUGUCACAGGAACAGCACCGGCCUCUGACCCCGGAGCUGCGGGGGCUCGGAGGCCACGGCCCUUGGCCCUGCAGCAGAGCCCGGGAAGCACAGCCCGGGCCCCUUGUGGUUCUGAGCAUGGGCUCUUGUGAGCCGGGGAGGCCCUGAGCACAAUGCCCUGGUGGGAACGGAGGUGUCCUCGGGGCCGGCGGACUUUGGCCCUGCUUGAAAGCUUUGCCACAGUCCAGACUACUGAAGAAGCAGAAGCUUACUCUCAUGGCUGCAUAAAUUUUGGGGUUCACUGACCUUGAACUUGAAAUGACUCCUACUGUCCCUCCCCCCUCAGAUUUUUAAAUCUAAUGUCGAACAGCUCAGACUUUCCAGGAGGGAACUCACAGGCCUCCAGUGCCCGGCUCCGUGCCCUGGGGACAGCGGGCAGUGUGUCUGUGUCCUGGGCUGGAGGCUGACGAAGCCUCCUGACGGUGGCCCCUACUUGGUGCCCCCGGCAUGGCCGUGAGUGAGGUGGGCGAUGGGGACCUGAGCCCAGGGUGUGGGGUCCUCGGUUGUGGAGGGCACCAUUGCCUGCGUGGGAGCAGCGCAGUGCUGACCUCAGGCAGGGCCAGUGGUCAGAGCCAUGCAGCGCCCAGCGCACGCGUCCUGCCCGAGCGCCAGCGCCUCCGCGGUGGGUCCUUGGCUGGCGUCAGGAGACAUGGCGAUAAUGGACGUGCUGGAGAAAGGAGAAUCUCGGUUUUACCUUUCAGUUAAUUUCAAGUGAAUGUGUCCGCGGCUCACUGUGCAGGUGACUUGUGUCCUUCAUCGCUGUUAGCGAGCAUUGCUUUGUACUGGGCUGUGCUGUGAUGGUGAUGACACCCGGGGUUGUCCCCGCCCAGCCAUGCCCAGGGGGGGCCCCGCGAAGGAGCAGCCGAGCCCCGUGUCCUCAGACAAAAAAAAUAAUUUAAAGUCCACAUCUUUGUCUGGUGCCUGGCGUGGUUUUAGUGAGCGUCUCUAAAUUAACUCAGAAAACGAGAUUACGUCCUGCUGUUCUGUCUCAGUGGCUCCAAGUUGUGUGGUCACUGGGAAAACAAGGACUUUUUAUUGAAAAUCAUAUUUUAGAAUUUGGCAAAUUUGCUGAAAGGAUCUAUUAUUUCCCAGGA